AUGUUGCCGAUCGCUGAAUUGGAAGAGGGCGCUAUUGCUCUAUUAGCGGCUAAUGCCAGACAUCGACGAACACGCGAUCGCGUGGUUUCAGCUGAAGUCCGCGCGAUACGCCGCCGGCGUGGCUGGACCGUCGUCGGCUCCGAAACUAGGCCAGAACAAAUAUUGUUAUGGUCAAUCCAAAUAUCCGGCGGCAUAGACUAUCAGGACGAUCAUAUACCACAUCGCGCCAAGACAAUGCGUAAUACAACAAAA